AUGGAACUUGAAAACCACACAGCAGUCUCUGAAUUCCUCCUCCUUGGACUCUCACAACAGCCAGAGCACCAGACUCUUCUGUUUGGGCUCUUCCUCUCCAUGUACCUGGUCACUGUGGCUGGGAACCUGCUCAUCGUCAUGGCCAUCCUCUCAGACCCCCACCUCCACACGCCCAUGUACUUCUUCCUCUCCAACCUGUCCUUGGUGGACAUCUGCUUCACCUCCACCACCAUCCCCAAGAUGCUGGUGAACAUCCAGACGCAGAGCAAAGCCAUCCCUUAUGCAGGCUGCCUUGCCCAGAUGUACGCUUUCCACCUCUUCGGUACCAUGGACAGUUUCCUGCUGGCGGUAAUGGCCGUGGACCGGUUCACGGCCAUCGUCCACCCACUUCGCUACCAGGUCCUCAUGAGUCCCCGCGUCUGUGGGCUGCUGGUGGGCGGCCCCUGGGUGGUCACCAACCUCCAGUCCCUCGUCCACACCUGCCUCAUGGCUCAGCUGAGCUUCUGCCGUGCCAACGAGAUCCCGCACUUCUUCUGCGACCUCAUGCCCCUGCUGAAGCUGUCCUGCUCGGACACGCGCACCAACAAGUUGCUGGUUUUUGCUUUUGGCAUCGUCAUGGGCUUCAGCCCGCUCUUGUGCAUCCUGGUCUCUUACCUCUGCAUUUCCCGGGCAGUUUUCAGAAUCCCCUCUGCUCGGGGCAAGUGGAAAGCCUUCUCCACAUGUGGCUCCCACCUCACCGUGGUCUCGCUCUUCUACGGAACCAUCUUCGCCGUGUACCUGCAGUCCGCGCCUGCGCGUGGCUCCUCCUGGAAAGAGAAGGCAGCCGCCCUGAUGUGUGGGGUGAUCAUCCCCAUGCUGAACCCCUUCAUCUACAGCCUAAGGAACAAGGACAUGAAGGCAGCCCUGAGGAAGCUCUUUGGCAGAGUCACCUCCUCCAGCGUCUAG